AAAAAAAAACAUGAUUACUACAAUUAUCUCAUCUCUUGAAAUUUCUAAUAUCCCUUCUCUAUUGAUAAUUUCUUCAAUUAUCUAUGUAACACAUUUUUAUUAUCGUUAUUUUACUCGUCCUAACCCUUUACCAGGUCCAUUUCCACUUCCAAUUAUUGGUAAUGCAUAUCAACAAAUUGGUUAUGGAGUUGAUAAUUGGUUAUUAUCAUUACAUAAAAAAUAUGGUGAUAUGUAUGAAAUAAUUUUAGCAGGUCAACGUUUAAUAAUAUUAUGUAGACCUGAUUUAAUUGAAAAUAUGAAUAUACCUUCAAAAAAAUCUAAAUAUCCUAAUAGAUUACAUAAUACUGAAGGUUUCGCUGAAUAUGGACUUGAUGGUAUAGGAGUAGCAUUUAAUAAUGAUCUUAAAUCUUGGAAAUAUAAUCGUCAAUUUUUUAGUCAAGCAAUAAUGACUCCAAGUUUUAAUUAUCAAGCUAUUGAAUGGACAAAUGAUUUAUGGAAUGAAAUGGAUUCUUAUUGGAAUAAACUUGGUGAUGAUUAUGAAUUGGAUCUUAUAAAAUGGAUGCGUAGAUUUACAAAUGAAAUGAUUUUUAAAAUUUCUACUGGAACAAAAAAUGAUGCUAUAGCUUCUUAUUAUAAUAUGUUAAUCAACAAUAAUAAUAAUAAUUCUUUAAAUGAAAAUUUAAAUGAAUCGAAUAAAUUUAUUGAAUCAAUUGAAACUUAUUUAGCAGGAAUGUUUUAUUUUUUC